AAGUGGGUCGGUGCAUCCAACAAGAAAACGACCUUCGAUUUCUUUGAAUGGGGAAUGGUCCUUCCAGAAGUCCUAGAAGUUUACACUAUGCGUCCUUCCAACAGCACUUCACGGGAGGAGCUGCAUGAGCUGAGAAAAGAUCUGCCUUGCAAACCCUGUGUGUCUUGCCUGACUGCCCCAGGUCAGGAUAGCCAGUCCCCGCUGUCUAGUGCGAAUGGCAGCAGUGGGACUCAGGAUCGGUCAUACGGGCAUUUGUCCAUUGAUACUGUGACUGUGGCUGACGAAUUUACACCUUGUAACUGCCAGUACAACUGUAACCGUGUGUACAGGGGACAUGAGCAUACCAGUGAGGAGGACAGUAGUGCUAGAGAAACUGGUUACCCCAAGGUUAAUGUUGAUGAUGAAGACAGAAAGAUAUCCAGUGACUUGCAUCUGGCUGACCUGAGCACGCAGGACAAAAUACUUGCUUCAGGCUCUGUGUCCACAGACCACCUGAGGAGUACAAGUGUCCCAGCCCACCAGCAAGUAGAAAAGGCUUUGGAAGGAGGCAUGGGGAGCAUCCUAGAAGCCCUUUGUUUGCAGCCUAAUCAGUGGGAUUUGGAAAAUGCAGCUUCUCUACCUUCUCCUGAUGGUGAAAGUGUUUCCUACAGUGAAGGCUCCUGUGACUUCUUCCCUCACAUCACAAGGCCUGGUGACAGUUACCCUAUGAUCUGUGUAGAUUUGGACACUAUUGAUAGUGGCUUUGUGGACUCGGACUGUGGGAGUCCAGUUGACUCUGAAUUUGAGCAGAACAGUCAGACCAACUGUGGGUCCAUCCCUCUUGAGCAGAUGGGGGAGGACUUUCCACGGAGCUAUGUCAAGCAGUGGGUCUCCUGUCGCUCUGAUGGCCCUGUCAAUGGGACACAGGCAAACUAAGGACUUGAUGUUGCUUUGCAGAGUGUAGGGCCUUUUUUGUACUGUGCCAGGAGCAAAGUGUUAGCAAAAUUCUGAAGA